AUGGCUGCCUCCUUGCUGAAGAUGAUCGCUUUUUUCACUCUGUCUUCCCUUCUGAUCCUUAAUGGAGCCCUCGGCGAUAUGAUGUGCGAGGAGCUGCCAGUAGAGCUGUGCGCCUACUCCAUCUCCGACGCAGGGAAGAGAUGCGUGCUGGAGAACUACUUGGCCAGGAAGAGGAUGGUGAAGUACCAAUGCAAGACAUCGGAAGUGGUGAUGGAGACGAUGAGCGGAUGGAUCGAGACAGAAGCAUGCAUCAACGACUGCGGCCUUGACAGAAAGGCCGUAGGGAUCUCUUCUGAUUACCUCCUCUCCCCAAACUUCGUUGCCAAGCUCUGCUCCCAGCCCUGCUUCAGCUACUGCCCCAACAUCCUCGAUCUCUACUCCAACUUGGCUCAAGCUGAAGGAAUGAACUUGCAUGAUAUCUGCAACACGGGGAAUGGUGCUCCUCGUCGCAUAUUGUACAAUCAGCCCAAGAGUUCAAGUGCUGCAAUCGACGGUGGUGCUAUGGGAACUGCUGAAGAAGGAAAUGGUGCCAUUGGAGCCCCAGUUGGUUCUCCUCUGUUUUCCCCUGCUUUUACUUUUGCGGAUGAUGGUACUACUGUUGCUGCAAUUGCUCCUUCUCCUGAUACCUUCUGA